UGCUGGACCAGCCGCUGCCCGAGCCAGCCGGGGCGAGCCAGGGCGGGUGGGGAAGGGCGCAGCGGCGAUCCGGGGGAAGGAGGCGCAGAGACCUCGCCCCACCAGGCUUCCUCGGACCCCCACUGCACCCCUCGGCAGGCUCCAGGCUUCCUUGCAUCCUCCUUUUCCUUACCCCGCCCUGCCCUGGGCAGCCUGACCACCGCCCUCUGCUCACUCCGGGCCCGGGAGAUGCGAUGAGCCGGUGCCCCCGCGUCCUCAGCUCCGCCGCGGGCACGGUGGUGCCCCUUCCGUGGGGUGGGCCCCUCCGUGACGCCCCUCCCUGGGCCCCCCCCGCAGCUGGCGUCCCUGGACCAUGCCCCAAGGGACCCAGCCGGGGGUUGGGCUCUAGAGCAUGGGGGCUGGCGAGGAGGAAGGACGGGGCCCUGGGCGCCUCUGAGAUGCGCCCCAGGUCCAGAGGGGCCCGGCGCUCGGGUGGCAGGCAUGAUGCCUUCUCCUAGUGACUCCAGCCGCUCGCUCACCAGCCGGCCCAGCACCCGGGGCCUGACCCACCUCCGCCUCCACCGACCCUGGCUGCAGGCUCUGCUCACUCUGGGGCUGGCCCAGGUGCUCCUGGGCAUCCUGGUGGUCACUUUCAGCAUGGUGGCCUCCUCCGUGACCACCACCGAGAGCAUCAAGAGGUCCUGCCCGUCUUGGGCUGGAUUCUCGCUGGCGUUCUCUGGGAUGGUUGGCAUCGUGUCUUGGAAGCGGCCGUUUACUCUUGUGAUCUCCUUCUUCUCCUUGCUGUCGGUGCUCUGUGUCAUGCUAAGCAUGGCGGGCUCUGUCCUCUCCUGUAAGAAUGCUCAGCUGGCCCGAGACUUUCGAGAAUGUUCCGUGGAAGGUAAAGUUUGUGUAUGCUGCCCCUCCAUCCCCCUCCUGCGACCCUGCCCGGACUCGGGCCAGGAACUCCAAGUUGCCCCCAACUCUACCUGUGAAGAAGCCCGUGGGGCCCUCAAGAACCUCCUCUUCAGCGUCUGUGGGCUCACUGUCUGUGCGGCCAUCAUCUGUACCCUCUCAGCCAUCAUCUGCUGCAUCCAGAUCUUCUCCCUGGACCUUGUGCACACGCAGCUCACACCGGAGCGCUCUGUCUCGGGCCCCCUGGGGCCUCUGAGCUGUACUUCACCGCCCCCAGCCCCUCUCCUGCACACCAUGCUGGAUUUGGAGGAAUUUGUCCCACCUGUGCCCCCACCGCCCUACUAUCCACCGGAGUACACCUGCAGUUCAGAGACCGAUGCUCAGAGGCUUUGCUCCCUCCCUCAUGUCCACAGCAUCACCUACAAUGGAUCCAUGGACAGCCCAGUGCCCUUGUACCCUACCGAUUGCCCUCCUUCCUAUGAAGCUGUUAUGGGGCUCCGAGGAGACAGCCAGGCCACUCUGUUUGAUCCUCAGCUUCAUGACGGUUCCUGCAUCUGUGAGCGUGUGGCUUCCAUUGUAGAUGUGUCCAUGGACAGCGGGUCUCUGGUGCUGUCGGCCAUCGGUGACCUCCCCGGAGGCUCCAGCCCAUCUGAAGACUCUUGCCUGCUGGAGCUGCAGGGCUCUGUACGCUCCGUGGACUACGUGCUCUUCCGCUCCAUUCAACGCAGCCGGGCCGGCUACUGCCUUAGCCUGGACUGCGGCUUGCGGGGUCCCUUCGAGGACAGCCCUGUGCCCCAACGGCCCCCGAGGGCCGCACGCUCCUACUCCUGCUCCGCCCCGGAGGCACCGCCGCCUUUAGGGGCUCCCACCGCUGCCCGCAGCUGCCACCGCCUAGAAGGCUGGCCGCCCUGGGUGGGCCCCUGCUUCCCCGAGCUGAGGCGAAGGGCUCCCCGGGGAGGUGGGCGCCCAGCGGCUGCCCCUCCCGCCCGUGGGGGUCCCCCACGCCGCUUCAGCGACAGCUCAGGUUCCCUUACCCCACCGGGACUCCGGCCUCCUCAUUCGGCUCCCCCGUCUCCUCUGCUGCUGCCCCGGUGGCACAGUGACCCAGGCAUUGCCACGUCCAGCGACCACGCUGACUUCAGGGACCUUUAUACCAAAGUGCUUGAGGAAGAAGCUCCUUCCGUGUCCUCUGCAGGUACAGGGCUGUGCUCUGAAGCAUGCCUCUUCCGUCUAGCCCGCUGCCCUUCCCCUAAGCUGCUACGUGCCCGCUCAGCCGAGAAACGGCGCCCUGUACCCACUUUCCAGAAGGUUCCGCUGCCCUCAGGUCCUGCCCCAGCGCACUCUCUGGGGGACCUGAAAGGCAACUGGCCAGGCCGGGGCUUGGUCACUCGAUUUCUUCAGAUGUCCAGGAGGACCCCAGAACCCAGUGGAAGUCCAGUCCAUGGGCACAAGCAGGUGCCCCGGAGCCCUUGGGGCCGGCCAGGCAGAGAGAGCCUCCACCUUCGAAGCUGUGGGGAUCUGAGCUCUGGCUCCUCCUUGCGACGCCUUCUCUCUGGCCGUAGGCUAGAGCGUGGGGCCCGGCCACACAGCCUUAGCCUUAAUGGGGGCAGCCGGGAGACCAGGCUUUAACUGCUUGGCUAGGUGGGCAGGACACAGGACCCAGCUGGUUGGGACCAGCACAGCCCCCAAGGUCCCUUAGCAUUGGCCAACGCAAAAAAAAAAAAAAUAAAAAAAAAAUAAAGCCUGCUGAAUAACCCCCUCCUAUCCCCUUACCUCAGGGGAUCUUGCUGCUUGGCUCUGCCCCUCCAGACCAGGGACACUGCUGUUGUGGGGGUGCCUGGGUAUUCAGGCCAUAGAUGGACCCCUAUGCUUACAGCAUUCGAGGAGGAAAAGGAAUAAGGUCUGGCUUCCCCAGUGUGGAAGGAACCCACUGAUUCCUGACCAGGGCAAAGCUACGUCCUGGUGAUAAGGCCCAGAGGGCAGUGCCUGUGGGGUGGGCUGGUGAGGCUGGCAGCAUCAAAAGCCUUGGUGGACCCUCAGCUCUGCCACCUCUAGCUGCAUGACCUGAGCAAGUUAUUUAACCUCAACUGCCUGAUCUGUAAAACAUUGUGAAGACACCUGUUUGUAAAGCUCUGAAAUACUAGUACGCCUUCAAUAAAUUUCAAGUCUCCCA